UAUCAAUUAUUAUCAUGCUUAAAUCGUAAAUCGUUAUAAAUGCUGUUUAGAAAUUUAGAAUGUUAAAUGGUAAAUAAUGUUAGUAGCAACUAGCAGCUAGUUCUUUCAGUUCUUUGUUAUUCGUGAACCUUGAUUCAUGUCCUCAUGAAUCGUGAUCAUUAAUUAAAAAUUAAAAUUUUAAAUAGUAGUUAAAAAGUUUGAAAAUAUAUUGCAAUAAUUCAUUAAAUAUCAAGAUCAUAUUAUUUGAAUUUUUUUUUGCAAGUAUUGCGGUACCUACUAAGAAAUUUGUAAGCUAUUAUCACUAAUGGUAUGAAAAUAAUAUAAUAUAAUUUCAUAUAAUCUGUGCUAUCAUGAUGGAAAUAUCAAAUUUUAGAAAAAUAAAUAAGGAUCGUUUAUCUACUUUUUUGGAACAUUUGGAAAAUAAAAAUUUAGAUACGGACGAGAUUUUUGGAAAAUGUUUGAUGAUUUUGAAAACUUUAUUGUACACUUCAUCAAACUUUAUCCCCGACAGUACCCUCAGUACACAGUCCAACAUUCAAGCAUUUUUGUAUUCCAUUAAUUUUGAUGUAAUAGAAGCUGACCACAUGAUCAAAUUGAAAUCAAUACUUGAUGAAGGGGCAGACUUAGAUAUAUAUGCUAGAUACAUAGAAUCUAUCUUAAACAAAAACAACAAGUCAUUGAAUUCAAUUUUAAUGACUGUUUGGACUCAAUUAGGAUCAAAUGUAUUAAAAUUGCCCAUAAUUAUUCACGAAAAAACCAUUAAAGUGAAUCCUUUAAUUUUUGAAAAAACUAUUUUGUCUGCAAUAUCGUUGUGGGAAAUCAAUAACCUAAUUGAAGUGUGCUCUAAAUCACCUUUGGUCUUCCAAACAUGCUCAAGUAUAUUUAACGAAUUGCUCAUUAAGUUAAACUUUACCAAUAAAUUUAUGGAGUUCUUGAACCACUUUGUGAAUAGUGUCAGCUCACAUUGCAAGAACAAUAAUGUCGAUGUCGUUAAUAUCUAUCCUAACAAAUGUAGAAGUAUAUUAACCUUAAGGGACAUUAAGAACAAAAAUGCAACCCUAGUUACAGAACAUGAUUUAAAUGAUGAAGUAAAAAAAUUAGCUUUAUCUUAUCCCAAAGAAUCUAUUUGUCUGUUAAGUCAUUUCCCAGAUUUAUACAUACCAUACUGAUGAACUGUGUGUCGUUAGUAAAUAAGUCAAGGGUAUUUUUUUAUUUAUCUCAAUUGAAUUGCUUGUUAAAAAUUGAGCUUAACAAGACAACAAUAAUAAUUUAUACUUUGUAGUACAAACCCACCUAUAUUUACCAAGUACCAAUUAUACAGCAAUACAUAUUAUGGUAUCUAUACAAUAUACUUACCUACAUAGAUAUAUGUUAUAUAGAUAAAUAUUGAUAUAGAUAUUUGUAUAUUUACUUUUUUUUAUUUUUUAUUGUAUACCUACAAAAUAAUUUUAAUUGAAUUGCUUUUAUGAUGUAUUUACACUGUAAACUAAUGUUAUUAAUUUAUUAUAGUUAGUGUUAAUAUUUAAAAAGUACAUGUCAUGAAAAAAUUCAAAGUCUACCUAAAAAGUUGGUUUAUUUUUACUAUUAACUAGUUUUACUAGUUGAUUUUUGAACAAACAUACUAUAAAAUCAAUCAAUUUAAUUUAGUAAUUACUUAUAAUUCUUUUUU